UAAAUUUUAUUUUGUUUUAUGAAAAUAAAACAAUACUUUUGACGCACACAUACAUGUACGUUAUCAAUCACUUUUCAAAUAAGGCGUAUAUGUAUUGACAUUAAGGAAAAUUUUUUAUACGACUUAUAGCAAGAGUGUUAUACGCGUGAUAUGAAGACGCGAUAAAAGGUGCUUUUGAGCACCUUUAAAAUGACUAACUCAUUCACUGAUGCAAUAAUCUUCUAUGCCUCCAAUGUCAAUGAAGUAUUUUUGCUCCUCUCCCCUCUUCGUUUCUGCCUUGAUAAGAUGUGCAUUAGUGAGUGUACACAUUUGUAUUUAUUACGUUUUACGUCUCGUCCGAAACCAGUCGUCUGUUCAUUAUCACGGCAUCAUAAUGGAGUUAGCUCAGAUAUUUUCGUCACCUUUUGGACUGUUAUUGACUACUUUAAUUCUGAUCGGCGUCGUAAAGAUUGUGUCUUCCGUGAAUCAUGCGUACUCUUACUGGAGGAAGAAAGGCGUUCCUUACCUGCCGGAUUCGUGGUCUUCUUCCAUAGUGGGUUGGAAACUGUUUAUGGGUCGUAUAAGCUUUGUUGAUUACAGUCGUUAUAUAUACAAUUAUUUUCCGGACGCUAAGUAUGUUGGAAUGAUGGAAUUUUCCACGCCUGGCAUACUUCUGCGCGAUCCCGAAUUGAUAAAAGACAUCAUGGUGAAAGAUUUUGAACACUUUCCGGAUCAUCGCAGUUUUGUUACCGAAGAAGUGGAUCCACUAUUCGGUAAGAACGUUUUUUCUCUGCGCGGCGACCGCUGGAAGGAAAUGAGAAACACGUUGAGCCCUUCUUUUACCGCCAGCAAGAUGAAAUUUAUAUAUGAAUUGAUAUCGAAAUGUUCAUCCGACUUUGUCGAUUAUCUGGUUGAGCAUCCGGAAAUUUGUCUUACCAUUGAGACGAAACAGGUCUUUCGACGAUACACCAAUGACGUGAUUGCGACGGCAGCUUUCGGCAUAGAUGUGAAUUCGAUGAAGGAGCAAAACAAUGAAUUCUACACAAGAGGUGUGGAGGCAACCGCAUUUUUCGGUGGAAUACUGGCUAUGCUCAAGAUCAUGUUUUUACGUUUCUUCCCGCGAGUUAGCAAUUUGAUCGGUUUGUCCUUUUUCCCAUCGGCCACGUCAAAAUUCUUCAAAAAGAUUGUCGGAGAAACGAUUGAAGCUCGAGAGAAACACGGUAUCAUCAGGCCGGAUAUGAUUCACUUAUUAAUGCAGGCUCUCGACAAGGAAAAUUCUCACAAGAUGACAUUGGAUGAUAUUGUUUCACAAGCUUUCAUCUUCUUCUUAGCCGGCUUCGACACAUCCGCGACACUGAUGUGUUUCAUUGCUCACGAGCUGGCUGUUAAUCGUGACAUCCAAGAUCGCUUGCGUGAGGAAGUGGAUCAGCAUUUUAGUGAAGAAAACGAUACGAUUUCUUACGAAUCGCUGUCGAAAAUGUUUUACAUGGACAUGGUGGUUUCUGAGACUCUCAGAAAGUAUCCACCGGCACUUCUUAUUGACAGGCUUUGCGUCAAGAAUUAUGAAUUACCGCCGUCCCAGCCAGGUUAUAAGAACGCAACUGUCGAAUCGAAUUCUUUGGUGAUGAUACCUGUUUAUAGCUUGCAUCACGAUCCAAAGUACUUUCCGAAUCCACAAAAGUUCGAUCCCGAACGGUUUAGCGACGAAAAUAAGGACAAUAUUUUUCCGUACACUUACUUGCCGUUCGGACAUGGGCCUAGAAAGUGUAUCGGUAAUCGGUUCGCUCUCAUGGAGACAAAGCUUUUGAUAGCACAUCUCUUGCGAAAAUUUAUUAUUAAGACCACGGAGAAGACUGUUGAACCUGUCGUGUUUGAUAAAAAAGAGUUUACGUUGAAACCUGUGGGCGGAUUUUGGAUUGGUUUAGAGAAAAGAAAAACGUAAUAAAAGAAAUAUUAUUAUACGAUGUAGCUGUGUUUAGAAGAUUUUUUGUUAUUACACUUUUAAUUUUGCGGACGUUCCAGACAUGUAUGUCUUCGCAUAUGUAAUCUAUAUUUUCAGAACUCUGAUAAACGUCUAUAAGGUUUAUUAUCACCAACUCAAACGUCAAGUUAUUAAUAUUACUAUUUCUAUUACGCAUUACAUAGAAAAUAUGUUUAUUAUGCUUUUUCUUUUUUAUAAU